UACAUAAAUUCCAUUGUUUAUUCAACUUUAUUUAAAUUCCCUCUAAAAUGCCAGACUAUCUCGGUUCAGAUCAACGCCGUGUCAAAGGCGACGAAAAAGAAGAAAAAGAAAUCAAAUCCUUAGAUGAAGGUGACAUUGAACUACUAAAAACCUACGGUCAAAGUCAGUAUCACAAAUCCAUCAAAACUAUCGAGGAAGACAUUCAUAAAGCAAUCAAACAGGUAAAUGAGUUAACUGGCAUCAAAGAGAGUGAUACAGGAUUAGCUCCUCCAGCGCUCUGGGAUUUAGCUGCUGACAAACAAACUCUACAAAAUGAAUGAGGGGUG